CUACUUUGCAAGGCUUAAUUCAACAAACAAAACUAAGAGAAAGACCAACUAAUCAAUUAAAAGUGAUUAUAGAAGAAGGUGCUUCAAAGAAUUCAAAAGAUAAAUCUACAAGUGCUAAUGUUUGUUCUAGGGAUAG